GAUGCAUUGAGUGUGGGAGUUGUGAAACACCUUUGUGUCUGGCAACAGAACUAACUACCCAGGAGACUGGAAAUUUGUCCAGCAUGCUCUGCCCAGCCCAUGCCGGGGCGCACUGACCAUGAGCCUCAGCUCCUCCCUCGGCCACAGGAAGGAGCUGCGUAACCUCACCGCGGAGGAGGCCGGUGAAGGGGGCGUUAUUGUCACUGAGUUCAUCGCCAUCAUUGUCAUCACCGUUUUUGUCUGCCUGGGCAACCUGGUCAUCGUGGUCACCUUGUACAAGAAGUCCUACCUCCUCACCCUGAGCAACAAGUUCGUCUUCAGCCUGACCCUGUCCAACUUCCUGCUGUCGGUGCUGGUGCUGCCCUUCGUGGUGACCAGCUGCAUCCGCAGGGAAUGGAUCUUCGGCGUGGUCUGGUGCAACUUCUCCGCCCUGCUCUACCUGCUGAUCAGCUCGGCCAGCAUGCUCACCCUCGGGGUCAUUGCCAUCGACCGCUACUACGCCGUCCUGUACCCCAUGGUGUAUCCCAUGAAGAUCACGGGGAACCGGGCUGUGAUGGCGCUUGUCUACAUCUGGCUUCACUCCCUCGUCGGCUGCCUGCCACCCCUGUUUGGUUGGUCACCCGUGGAGUUUGACGAGUUCAAGUGGAUGUGUGUGGCCGCCUGGCACCGGGGGCCUGGCUACGCCGCCUUCUGGCAGACCUGGUGUGCCCUGCUGCCCUUCCUGGUCAUGCUGGUGUGCUACGGCUUCAUCUUCCGCGUGGCCAGGGUCAAGGCCCGCAAGGUGCACUGUGGCACAGUGGUCAUCGCGGAGGAGGAUGCCCAGAGGACGGGGAGGAAGAACUCCAGCACCUCCACCUCCUCUUCGGGCAGCAGGAGGAACGCCUUCCAGGGUGUGGUCUACUCUGCCAACCAGUGCAAAGCCCUCAUCACCAUCCUGGUGGUCAUCGGAGCCUUCAUGGUCACCUGGGGGCCCUACAUGGUUGUCAUCACCUCCGAGGCCCUCUGGGGGAAGAACUCUGUCUCCCCGACCCUGGAGACCUGGGCCACGUGGCUGUCCUUUACCAGCGCCAUCUGCCACCCCCUGAUCUACGGACUCUGGAACAAGACGGUUCGCAAGGAACUGCUGGGCAUGUGCUUCGGGGACCGGUAUUACCGGGAACCGUUCGUGCAGCCACGGAGGACGUCCAGGCUGUUCAGCAUCUCCAACAGGAUCACAGACUUGGGCCUGUCCCCGCACCUGACGGCGCUCAUGGCAGGCGGACAGCCCCUGGGGCACAGCAGCAGCACUGGGGACACUGGCUUCAGCUGCUCGCAGGACUCAGGGACGGAUGUGAUGCUGCUUGAGGACUACACGUCUGACGACAACCCUCCCUCCCACUGUACUUGCCCGCCCAGGAGAAGGAGCUCGGUGACAUUCGAGGAUGAGGUGGAACAAAUCAAAGAAGCCGCCAAGAACUCCAUUCUGCACGUGAAAGCCGACGUACACAAGUCCCUGGACAGUUACGCAGCCAGCCUGGCCAAAGCCAUCGAGGCGGAAGCCAAGAUCAACUUAUUCGGGGAGGAGGCCCUGCCGGGGGUCCUGUCCGCGGCUCGGACCGCCCCGGGGGCCGGCUUCGGGGGCCGUCGAGGCAGCAGGACUGUCGCAAGUCAGAGGCUCCAGCUGCAGAGCAUCGAAGAAGGGAACGUUUUAGCUGCAGAACAGAGAUGAAGGCCUGGGCUGGGCUGGGCUGGGGCUGGAGCUGAGACGCCGGCCGCGGGGGCUUCCCGUGUCAUCUGGGCCCCGGAGCGUCACUGCGCACAGCGGGCCGACGCGGGGCGGAAACAUCUGGUGUACAGCCACCAGGAAAAGGACUGAAAACAGUGUCUUCAGCCCGUGACUUCAGCGUCCGCCUUGAGACCGUGGGCUUCUUUGAGGUCCCAGCGAUGGAACCAGAAGCAUCUAAAGCAAAAAAAAAAAAAAGGAAAAGCAGGUGGCCGUGUGGCCCUGGCUUUUUGGGAGGCGGGGCUCAGAGGAGGACUAGAGACCGUGGGCUUGGAAGGAAACCACCACAUGGAUCAUCUUCUCUCCACAGCCUGGGCCCUGGGGGUCCGGCCACCUACUGUCCCCGCGGCCUCAGGAGGGGAGCCCUUCCCGGUGGGCUUUGGAGGAUGGCGCGGCAGUUCUUCCUAACACGGCGUCACCCCUGCAGCUGCUGAGUGGGGCCGUCCGCUCUAGACUCAGGGGCGCACAGAGCGAGCACCCGGGAGCAAAGUGCCCCGAGCGACUUCCCACACCCCCUGUCCUCGUUAGGAACUGGCCUGCAGGGUGGCCUCCUGUUGGUGCUCGUAGGGGCAGCUCACCCUGCCCCCUUCUCUACUGACAAAUUCUUGGGUAUUUCAAAAGAAGGGCGAAACCACUAUAAAAGAUAGGAGGAAGGGGCAGGUACCAGGUGUGUUGCAUUUCCAGAGUAAAAAAAAAAAAAAUCCACUGGGUUAGGACAUACCGCAGUUUCACCAAGACGAAUGGGGCCGUUGAGCCAAGCACAGCCGGGAAACAGAUACUGUUUUAUUGCAGGGAAUCCCUUCCCGUGGGCCCGCCUCACUGAGUGGAUUCCAUGUGUGAUGUUUGAGUGACCAGUGGAAAUCGCUGGCCGCGGUUCCACGGGGCAGCAUCGACAAGACAGCAGGAGCACCGGGCCCGGAGUCAGCAGCCUUGGUUCUCGGCCCAGCCCUGCCUUUGUGUGCACGCUCGUGUCAUUUGGGACAUCGUGUCACUUCUCUAGGUCCUCUGUAAAAUGGGAAAAGGGAGUGGGGAGUUGGAUUGAAUGGUUUCCAAGAUCAUUUCCAGCUCUGACCUUUAGAUAUUCUCUGAAUUUGUAAAUCAGAGGUAGGAAAAAAAAAACGAAAGUAGACCCAUGGACCAAUAUUUGUAUAACUUUUGAGCGUAGUUCCUGGUGGACUUAUGAAGUGUGGCCCGGUCUGGUUUCCGUGUCCUCGUCUGACUUGUCUGUUUAGAGCACAGUUUGGACGGAAUGCCAGCCGCCAGGCUGCGUAAGCGGAGGGAGAAGGUCCCCACCUGGAAAGUGGAAGCGGAAGAGCAGGAAUGGGACUUGUCUGGUUAGACCUCGCUCCCCUCCCCUUUGAGCCAGGGCAGCUGUGGAAGUCUGGGCUUGGAGUCGGUGCUGUGGCGGCUUUGGGAGCCAGUGGAUCCCCCCUUGUGUCGGCCCUUCAGCCUGGGACGGCAUGAUCUAAGUUCAGGGCUUUCCCUGCCUUGGUCAGCAGAGGGUAGAUUCCAAGGAGAUCUCACUGCGCCUGCUCCUAGGCGACCGUUCUAGAAAGUGAAUUAUCUUUGUGUUGCUUUCUCUGGGAUCUACCUGUCUCCUGGAGAGGCAAUGUCUUGUUUGCUGUGUGGCAGAAACAGUGGUUGGCUGGUCCCCUGGUCUGCAAUUUACCAAGGACCUUUCGUGAGGCUUGGGGUCCGGCUACCUGUGGUGAUCGAGCUCAUCAACAGCUGUCCUGGGUCGUCGGGGUGCCAGGCCCUGGCCGGGUUCCGAAUGGGAGUGGGAAGGUGCAGAGGGCACGUUCACCGGUGGGUUCUGCUGGUGACACGUGCAGGCCACAGAGACUCUGCUGUCACUGCUGGGUGGCAUUCCUAAGGCUGAGGGUAGUUUAUGUUUUCUAUAUAUGUUCUGUAUAUAUAUAUAUUUUCUAGCACUUGUCUAGUUUUUGAAGGGACCGUAUUUCUGAUCAGCUAGUGCAUACAGAGGUAGAAUGGCGCAGAGAGACCUUUUCCUCUGGGAUGGGUCGCCCGGAAAUUGGCGUGGAACCCAGGGGUGGGAGAAUGCUCUCCUGACCGCACUAGGCCUCGCGAGAUCUAGGGAGAGAAUCCCGAGGCCUCCCCAAGUCCCCACCGGCUGACCCCAGACUAGGUGGAAUCUAAUAGGAUUUAAUCUAAGCCAAUCUGGCAAGACUGCAUUUCACAAAAGGAUUCGUUGUUUCCCUUCCUUGAGUCACCUGCCAGACACUGCACAUCCUCUCUGUGCACAGCACCAAGCUGGGCGCUGUGGGAAUAACGCCGAAGUGUUCGCUCCAGUUGCAGGAGAGAGACCUGGGGGAUACAGAGUCUAAUCAAUGGCAAAGUUAAGUGGUGAUUAUAGAAAGAAGAGUGGCUCCAGAGAGAGAUUUCCGGAUAGGGAGUUAGGGCUCCACGAGGCAGGUGACGGGUCGAGCUAAGUCUUGCAGGCUGUUUGGCAGCUAGAACCGUAUUUUGCAUGUUCAGGAACUCGCAUUUCCUCAGCUUGCAAGCCGGCGCGGGGAGGGAGGGAAGAGAGACCUCC